AAAAAGAUUCACAAACUCGGAUUUUAUUCAGGCGAUACACAGGACAACCUCUGUUUUGGGGCUUUUGACACGUGUGUCGCACGCGAAUGACGACGGUAACGACAGUAAACAGCAGAAUGACGGAGAACGAUGUGGACAACGAGCUGUUAGACUAUGAGGAGGAUGAGGUGGAUGCGACAGGAGGUAUCGGGGACGGAGUGCUCGCUGGAGACGGCAGUACUGUGGCCUUGAGAAAAGAAGGACUCAAAGGAUCCUAUGUUUCCAUCCACUCCUCGGGUUUCAGGGACUUCCUGUUAAAGCCAGAGCUCCUCAGGGCCAUCGUGGACUGCGGCUUCGAGCAUCCGUCUGAGGUUCAGCAUGAGUGCAUUCCACAAGCCAUCUUGGGCAUGGAUGUGUUGUGCCAGGCCAAGUCGGGUAUGGGGAAGACGGCCGUCUUUGUCUUGGCGACGCUCCAGCAGCUGGAGCCAGUGACUGGCCAGGUGUCAGUGCUGGUGAUGUGUCAUACCCGAGAGCUGGCUUUCCAGAUCAGCAAAGAGUACGAGCGUUUCUCCAAGUACAUGCCAGCUAUAAAGGUGGCAGUGUUCUUUGGCGGUUUGCCUAUAAAGAAGGAUGAGGAGACACUAAAGAGAGAGAGUCCUCACAUAGUGGUUGGAACGCCUGGCCGUAUCUUGGCCCUGUCACGCAACAAGAGUCUCAACCUGCGUCACAUCAAACACUUCAUCCUGGACGAGUGUGACAAGAUGCUGGAACAGCUUGACAUGAGACGUGACGUCCAGGAGAUUUUCCGCAUGACCCCACACGAGAAGCAGGUCAUGAUGUUCAGCGCCACCUUGAGCAAAGAAAUCCGUCCCGUCUGCCGAAAGUUCAUGCAAGAUCCCAUGGAAAUAUUUGUGGAUGACGAGACCAAGCUGACCCUGCAUGGCCUGCAGCAGUACUACGUCAAGCUGAAGGACAACGAGAAGAACAGGAAACUGUUUGAUCUGCUGGACGUGCUGGAGUUCAAUCAGGUGGUGAUCUUUGUGAAGUCAGUGCAGCGCUGCAUCGCUCUCGCUCAGCUGCUGGUGGAGCAGAACUUCCCAGCCAUCGCCAUCCACAGAGCAAUGCCUCAGGAGGAGAGGCUCGCUCGAUAUCAGCAGUUUAAAGACUUUCAGAGACGCAUCCUCGUGGCUACUAACCUGUUCGGCAGAGGAAUGGACAUCGAAAGAGUCAACAUCGCCUUUAACUACGACAUGCCUGAGGAUUCGGACACGUACCUGCACAGGGUGGCAAGAGCGGGCAGGUUUGGCACAAAAGGUCUAGCCAUCACGUUUGUGUCUGACGAAAGCGAUGCCCGGACGCUGAAUGACGUUCAGGACAGGUUCGAGGUGAACAUCACUGAGCUUCCAGAGGAGAUCGACAUCUCGUCUUACAUCGAGCAGACGCGGUAAAGCGGACACCGAGGAGAGACGGCGAGUCGUUCUUUUCGAGGACGUCUGGGAGGAGCAGCGCUCAGUAGCCUGCAUUUCACACAGACUGAAAUGGCGUGAGAAUGUAAAAGCAGGAAAAAAAAGUAAUCCAACACUCAUACAUUCAGCACACGGGUUGUUCCUGCCUCUGAUGCUUAUGUAUAUUUAAAUAAAAAAAAAACUUUGUUUAUUUUAAAUUAUAGAGCCAGGAUUUUGUAGUGUGCUUGUUAACCUUUUCAAAAAAGUGUUACUGGCUGUUUGUUUGUUUUUUUUUUAAUUCGAGUGCAGUGGUUGGUUGGUUUUUGUUCAUGUGUUUGAUCGAACUCCGUUGUUUUCUGAUAGACGAAGCAUCAGUGUAAACCAGUCGAAUAGUAAGCUGUGAUAGUAGUUCAAUAAUAAAGGCAUGAUGGACACGGAGUUGUAAAAAAAAGUGAUAAUGUGUCUGAUACGCUAAUCUGUCCUUUUGUGUUUAGUGCUUUUUGGGAAAAAUAACACAUUGUUUGUUUGUUUAUUUACAGCUACUUUUGUCUUUAAACUAAUUGUAUGCAAUAUUGUAUUGAAUUAUUAUUAGUACUGAGACACUGUACAGUAAAGGUGCAUUAGGUUUGAGUUUUCCUUUUUAUAUUUCAGAACCGGUUGUAGUCGCAAACCUAUUAACCUGUACGAUAAGUAUUAACCUGUACGAAUAAUAAUGAGUAUUAACAUGUACGAAUUUUCUUUUCAGCAGUUUAAAAGAAAAAGAGAGACAGAACGAGCACUCCUAAUGUUUUUCCUACAUAAUGCACCUUUAGGACAUUUUUGGUACUUCUCAUAGUGCUUUACCAGUAUUCAGAAUUAAAGACUGAAUUUCAUAAUUAAACACAAAACACAAACA